GUCUCGGCCAAUCGCUCCACGCGAACCCUCGCAGUUUGGGUGGAUGAACGUGACGACGAAAUUGAGGAAGCUGGCGGCGGUCGCAAGUGAAAUGCAGGCAUUUAACAAGCUCGCGGUUUGGUGUGUUUCUCGUGGAAUUCAGAGCGAAAAGCCGUUCGCCGCAAACACACUUUGCUGUUGGAAUGUCUUUUACCGAACGUCCUCCAGCACCUUGUCCACUUCCGCUGUCAGCUCCGGCAGCAAGUACGCAGUAGUAGAACUUGGCCAGAACGUCUGGCCGCCGCACUUUCUCGUAGGCGGCCGGUUUGUCACGAGGACGUUCUGCACCAUUUCUGCAAAGGUACGGUGCUGGCAGUGCGGGCACCCCCUGCGAGAGAGUCCCGCCUUCUUCUGCCCCGAGUGUGCUGUCAUCCAGUCUCCCGACGAGAACGCCACCUACUUUGAUAUUAUGGACUGUGAGAAGUCAUUUGCCUUGGACACCCAGAAGCUGCAGCACAGAUAUUUAGAACUUCAACGAUCUCUACACCCUGACAAUUUUGGUCAGAAAACUCAGAAGGAGCAGGAGUAUUCAGAGACCCAGUCAGCCCUGAUAAAUAAGGCAUACAGGACUCUUCUGAAGCCAUUAAGUCGUGGCAUGUAUAUGCUGGAGCUGGUGGGUGUGCAUCUAGAGGAAGGGACUGAUGGAGGAGAUCCACAAUUUCUCCUUGAGAUCAUGGAUCUUAAUGAACGUCUGGCAGAGACUCAGAGCAAAGAGGAAGCCAAAGCCAUUGGGCAUUCAGUGAGAGGUAAACUGCUCAAGCUGGCUGAAGAAAUAAAUGCAGCCUUCCUCAACGGAGAUCUUCACUCAGCAAAACUUUCUCUGGUCCAAAUGAAGUACUUUGAAAAUGUUGAAGAGAAGGUUAAAGAAAAACUCUCUGCAUCUCUGUGAUGAUGGUCUUCACAAAUGCCUCCAGGAGGAUACAUCCAAAUUAUUCAUAUGCAUAUAUAUUUAUAUGCAUUUUAUAGCUAUCUAUAUGUUAAAGAAAGUAUAAUCUAUU